UGGUCGAACUGUCUUUUACGCUGGGUAUAGCUUUGAUUGUCGUUUUAGAUAUUCUGUUAACGCUAUCUCUUUAUCUUUAUCAUGCUCUGAUUAAUAAAGAUGAAUCAUACUAAGCAAUGCAUGUAUUUGAGGAAAUGCUGACUGUCCAAUGAAUCAAAAAUCAGUGAAUUGAGUGUCGUUCAAAUGUAAAAAUGUGGAACAGAUUUCUACCAACUAUUCUGUACUUAUUUCGUAAUUCUACCUUGGGCAGUAGUUGGACUACCGAUAGUUUCUCAAUAAAUCAUUUAUUUAUUAAAAAAUUAUCUCAAUCGAUAGAUGCAUUCGAAAAGUGAAAUUUAAGCAAAUUACUAGUUUUACCGUACUGUUACUUCGACGCUGCCGCUCUGUUUCGGAGGGCUGUGACAACAACAAAGUGAGGAAACAAGAAAUGAUCUUCGAGCUGUUGCUGGCUGGAGCUUUUAGCUAUGCCACGUUAAGGCGGUCAACUUCAUUGGCGGUACAUAUAGAAACGUUAACAGGGUUUCUUUUUUUCCUAAUCUUUGGCCUCGGCAUCUUGUUAAAGUGUAGCAGUACGAGUGCUACACCGUAUAAUAUGAGAUCUACGUACCAUCUGGAAUUAAUAGAUGUUGAACCCUGGCUCGAGCCAUGCGGAACACCUAUUGCAGCAGCAGCAGCAGCAGCAGCACUUGGAAAGUUUCCACAGCGACACAGCGUGCAUCGAGCUCUUAAACGUGUCAAGACACAGCUCAGAGUCGCUCAAAAUCAUUUUCGAGCAGAUCUAAAAGAUAUUCAUGACAUUUAUUCAAAAGUUUAUAAAGUUCUCAAGGAGCAGUACCGAAUGAGUUGGCUUCCGGAUAAACAACUAGAAUGGUAUCAUCGUGAAAUUUGGUGUUUGGACAAAAAUAAGAAAGCCGAACUCGCAUUGCCGAGGUUGCACGACGCACUGCAACGAUUUGCCAUCACUUUUCAUCACCUGCGAAUGUUUAGAUUAAAGUCAAACAUUAACGCAGAUUUUACGCUAAUUAGACGUAACAAUAUUGUCGAUGGCAUGAAAAGUGAAAUAUUAAGAAUGCUCUGCGAAGUAGAGACUGCGAUUCUGAAUUUGGGUCUGCAACUACCUACAACUCAUAAAUCAAUACUUGUCACUGAAAGUCCAAGUUGGGCUCGAGAAGGUGAUUUAACUCUCAUGCUUAUUCAAGACUCUGGAGUUUUGCGCCUGUACCAAACUUUUUUGAACGAUUGGAUGCGCGCACUGCGCAAUGCUACUGCAAUAGGAUCCGGUACUUGUGAUCCAACCAAAUUACGUCCUCUAUCAAGUAGCUUUAAAUCCAAAAAACUUCAAAAACUUCAAAAACAGAAGAAACGAAAAAAAAUGAAAAAAACAAAGAGUAAAUUGCACAACUUGCAAAGAACAAAAUUGUUUUCACAGAGCCGAAGACGAAUGAGUAAUAAACGGAAAAUUUUAAUUUCGAAUUAAAUUAUAUAGAUAAAUUAAAGUACAUAUUUACCCUAUGUUUGUUAAAUACUCGUUACAAUCGCGCAUGAAAAGUAUUAUGAUUACCAAGAAAUUUUUACAAUAAGUCACGCAGUAUUAAGAAUAUUUACUUUUUAUUUCAAUGGCAAGCAGUAUUAUACAGUGUGUCUUUUUCUGUAGUUUAAUCAAAGAUGUCAUAAUUUUAGCGGUUUUAAAAGUGAUGUCGCACGACUGGUAAAUCAGAUCAUACAUCGAGUAAUUUAGUGCUAAUUUCAAUUCAAUUCUUUUAUUAAAAGACCUCUAAUGUUUUUUUAAUAAAACCAUGCAAUUGAAAUUUCAUUGUCUUUAACUUUAUAGUCGAAACUUUGAUUUAUAAUUCAUGUUCAUAUUUUGACGCACCAAUAAUAUAAAUCUUUCAGUGUUGUGCUGUGAUAUGUAAAAGAAUGAAGCAACGUACAAGAAAGUAUUUAAGUUAAUCUUGAGUUGUCUCCAUAUAAAAAUUGAAAAUGUAUUAAAUAGUGGUGCUCCGCAAAUAGAGCGUUUUAUUAUUGUAUUUUUUGUCAACAAAAGAAAGAAAAGUAAAAGAAAAAAAAAAGAAAAAGAAAAAGAAAAAGAAAAAGAAAAAGAUAAAGAAAGAAAAAUCCAAUAAAUUAAAAAAUAAAUCAUUUGAAAAAUUUACCACGUGAUUAUUUAUUGCUCUUCUUUGAACAUUAUAAUGAGGUGAAAUAAGCUCGAGCGUUGUUAUAAUUGAUCCGCGCAUGGAUCGACGUCAUAGUUCUGAACGCCGCUGACCGUUAAUGGUCCGAUGCUCUCGCACACACCGCGCAAGUAAACUUACAUUUGGACGAUUCACUUGCUGCUCGAGGCUUUCCCGCACUUGAAUCACAAAGUAAACACCAAUACUUUGCGUCUGUUG